ACAGUAGUCUACACACGGCUAGUCAGGUGCCAGUUCAUGCAUGUUAUGUAGGUCUACCACCUAAAGAAGUCUGUUUCAGGUAGGCAAACUGAAAAUUAUAAAAGUAUAAACUUCUCAGUAACAUCCGGAUUAAUUGGAGCUGUUCUGUUAAGUGCGUCAAACAGUGGUUAAACACGGAAACAAAGUUCCGUUAUGCAACAGGAAAUAUAGCCUACUGGUCAUUAGGUUUUACUUCAACAUUUCUAUCCUCUUGGACUGGCAUGAUGACCCUGGCAUUGCUGACGCUUCUGCUGAUCAUGAAUGGUUCUGCAGUGGGACAAAUGAUGAAAUCUAAAGAGAAAGGCUUUGUUGGACAGGAUGUCCUUUUACCAUGCAACUGUUCUAAUGACCUUGAUGAACUGAUAUGGAAAAAAGAUCAGAGAGUAGUGAAUGUUCAUCCGCACAACAAAAGCAUAAUAGAUGAAUCCUACAUAAAUAGGACACAACUCUUCCUAAACAAGCAGAAGAGAAACUGCUCCCUGCUGCUCCUUAACUUCUCUUCAGCAGACGCAGGACUGUACACCUGUCAUGCCUUAGUCAGUAUUGGGGACAAGGUCUGGUCAAGGCAGUCAUCAGAAGUUUAUCUAACAGAUGGUUCUGCAGUGGGACAAAUGAUGAAAUCUAAUGUGGCGGGCUUUGUUGGACAGGAUGUUCUUUUACCAUGCAACUGUUCUAAUAACCUUAAAGAACUGGUUUGGCAGAGAGAUCUGAGAGUAGUGAAUUUUCAUUCACAUGAAAUUAGCAAAAUAGAUGAUGCCUACGUAGACAGGACGCAACUCUUCCUAAACAAGGAGAAGAGAAACUGUUCCCUGCUGCUCAUCAAGGUCUCCUCAGAAGAUGCAGGACUGUAUACCUGUUGUGCCAUAGCCAGGGUUGGUGACGCCUGGUCAAGCAAGACAUCAACAGUUUAUCUAACAGUCUCUGAAAAUAGAGUACCAGCAGAAGACCUGAUCCAAAUGGCAAAAGAGCUCUCUACUUAUGCUCCAAAUGUGUCUAAACCCUUGGGGGUCCCCACAACACAUUUUCCAGAAGUGGACCAGGGGCUCCACAGACUCCGCAUAUGUUCAGUCAAAUAAAUAAAUAAAUGUAGCUUUUGUGUUGCAUUACAUUUUAAAAUCAAAUUUAAAAUUUCAUAUACAUGUACAACAAUUCUUCUAAAAUAAUAAAAUCCCAGUGGGUUGUUUUUAAUCAGCUUUUUAUUAACGUUUUUCUUUUUGUUAUAAGACAGUUGUCACUGAAGGGAACUGACUGUCUUGAGACAAGUUUAGAUGGCAAUGGCAUUUUCUUCUCCUUAGAAUAUUAAUAAUCGCAGUGUUGUUUACAACAGAAAGGAUAUAUUGUAUCACUGCUGUUACAUAAGAAUCACCUGCUGUCAGAGAGUGAAAUUGUGUCUCAUUCAGAUAUGUCUUUAUGUAGCAUAAUUUCACAAAGCUAAAUACAGACCGUUCUGUUUUUCCCUUUAAACCCUGUACAUGUAAUUAAAAUAAAAAAAUAACUGCU